UUUCUGGUCUCUGCAGCCAGUUGUCUGUCCUCUUUCAGGCUGCUGGCCUUCUAUUGAGUACUAGUGUUAACCUCUUAUCUUUCCCACUUUGCCAGAGCUACUGGAGGGGUCAGAUUCAUCCUGUCCUUUUCUCCCACAACGUGACAGCACUAACUUCAGCCUUUCUGAGUCCCAGAGAAACUGGGACUUGCCUACCCUCACUCCCCUGGGUCUGAGUUCACUUAACUGAACUCUUCCACUGAUUCAAGGGACUGGAGUUAAUCGCUGUAAGAGGUCAAAUGUGACACCCAAACGCCCUUGUGUCAAAAGGCAAUUUUAUUGAAACCUGAAAAAACAGGUAACAUCGCUUAAAGAUCAGAAAACAAGUAAUGGAAAUAAGUAGAAACAUUAACAAGGUGAAAGUAUAUGGAAAGAACUCCAAGUGGUGUUAAGAAAUGAUGCAAACAGCUCCCUUUAUUUUACAUUUGAAGCCAAGAGAAGGGAUUUAUCUAAAGUAAAUCACUGGUAAAUAGGAAUUGGGAACUAAGUCUCCAGGUUCUCAUUUUGGAUCUUUCCCCCUGAACAGUGCUAGAUUUCCUAAACACUUUAGAAGCAGAAAUCAACUGGACUGCUGAAUCUUGCAUUAUGGUACUGCCUGUUAUCUAACCAGGCCCAGCACUUUCUGGCCCUACUCUGCUGCUGAUGCUCUGAAACCGAGGAACUGUUUCUUUAGGUGGGAACCACUAGUAGGUUCAUAGAAGGGUGAAGUUAAUGACCAUCAGCCCAGCCUCUGCCAGCCCCAACUGAGUACAUGAGAGAAGUAUUACCAAAUCUCUCCCUCAGAUGUGUUUGACCCACCUUCAGGUCCGAGGAGCUGCAGGUGUGAAUGAUGGGAAUGAAGUGGCCAAGGCCCAGCAGGCAGCUCCUAAGGGAACAGCCCCAACCAUCUUCUCGAGGAUUCUGGAUCGAAGCCUUCCAGCUGAUAUUCUAUAUGAGGACCAGCAGUGUCUCGUAUUCCGUGAUGUGGCCCCUCAGGCUCCUGUGCACUUCCUGGUCAUUCCCAAGAAGCCCAUUCCUCGGAUCAGCCAGGCUGAAGAAGAAGACCAGCAGCUUCUAGGACACCUUCUCCUUGUGGCCAAGAAGACAGCAAAGGCUGAGGGGUUGGGAGAUGGAUACCGACUUGUGAUCAAUGAUGGGAAGCUGGGAGCACAAUCUGUGUAUCACCUGCACAUUCACGUACUUGGGGGCCGACAGCUCCAGUGGCCUCCAGGCUGAACCUACCAACUGCCCAAGGACCCCAUUCCUGGAUGCUUGGAUGGGGUAGAGGGAAAGGGACCCUGUGAUGCUAAUAAACUUGCUCUCCCUCAA